AUGAGCAGCUCUCAUAGGAAUGAAUGAGGCCCCGCCUCCCACGCUGUAUCCUGUUCUUAUUAUACAUCCAUGCGCUGGGACGGUCAAGAGACGAAGAAGAAUUUACCUUCGUGUCUCACCAAUCAACACCCAUGGACCCCACUCUUCUUUGCUCCUCGAGAUGCCAAGACUUAAAUCGUACCGUCGAUCUCAGGCUGCUAAGAAGAAUUGGGCUGUACAAAAGGCCCAACCAGCUGCCAGUUCAACAUGUUACGGUACAGGUUACCGUCAUGAAGCGCGGACAUGGCCGACAUCCUCCUUGACUGAUCAUCCCCACCAGUUGGUCAUUCCUGACAGAUAUCCAGGGGAAAAAUUUGUGCUGCUGGUUGGAGACUCUCAUCUCAGAUCCGUCGUGGAUGGAUUUGUGGAGAUGCCUCGGGGGGGACUUUCCUUCGGACUCAUGGCGACACCAGGGGGGGGCGCACAGGUUCUGAAGAGCGAGUUUGAGGGAGCUGUUCUGCCUUCGACCCCCGAUGCAGUCUGUGUUCUGGCCCCCGGCAUUAACUUGGGAAAGAGCCGGACCCCCGGAGCGGCUGGUGCCGAUUUUGGCUCUCUCCUGACCAGAGUCCUGCUCAGCUGCCCCAACGUGCUUGUCGUGGACUUCCCUCCACGUCUGGACAUUGCAGCAGAUGACCAGAAUGCCUUGCGGCAGGAGUUUCGCCUUGUAGCUGCCAGGAUGGGUCUGCAAUACUUUUCCAUUCAUAAUCACUUUCCUGCAAACUGCCAUGACCUGUGGGCCAAAGAUGGGAUUCAUUUGAGUGACGAUGCGGGGAUGCCCCUCCUGCUGCAGCUGAUCUGGACUGCCACCUCUCUGCACCUGGGGUCACCACCGCCCCCCCGGGGACCUGCUCCGGGGCCCGAUGUGAAGGCAGAGCCUGAAGGACAGAGCUGGCAGCUGAGGCACCCUGAGGGAGAGGGGCACCCUGAGGGGCCUCAACAGUCCGUGGAGACUAACAGAAGGAGGAGGGUUCAGCCGCAGGUUAUGAAAGAGUGUUUCAUCCCCCUGAAACGUGUGAGGAUCAGCACUGAAGAUCUGGCGAAAGUAAUAAAAAGUGGUUCCAUCACAUCCUCCUGAGGACCCAACAGCAACGGUUCCUAAACCCAGACAGUCUCCGGUUUGAGCCCUCGUUGGACAGGUUGGCAGUUCUGAAAGUGAUGUCUUUCACCCGCAGAGGGGUUCUGUCUUCAAUGAAGACAAUUUUCAUUACUGCCAAGGGAUUUGACGUUAUAUUGAAGGCUCCUCAAAUUUGGAACCCUUUUGAGGAACCUGUAAAUGUAAGAAGAAAGAAAAUGUGUAAUGUCAUUGUUCUGAGACAUGUUCUGUUACAACCUGCUUCCUGUGUGCAUUGUAUCAAUAUUGCUUAAUUUGUGUGCAAUUCUCUGAAAUGAAUGUCUUUGACCUCAUGGUAAUAAAACGUCAUUGUAUUCCUA